CACACUCUCUCUCGCACUCGCUCUUUUUCCUUUCUGGUCGAGGAGGUUCAACUCUCUCAGUUUCUUUUCCCCCAAAAUUGUUUUUCAGCUAACAAAUUUCCUUUGCAGACUCUUCGGAACCCUAACCCUACCAUAUCUCACUCUGUAACCUUCCUUCGAAUUCUUCUUCUAGCAGAUUAUGGGAGAAACAAAGGACGAAGGAUACGAGGAAGAGCUUCUUGACUACGAAGAGGAAGAAGACAAGGCUCCUGACUCCGUCGGAACUAAAGUCAACGGUGAAGCUGCCAAGAAGGGCUAUGUUGGGAUUCACAGUUCAGGAUUCCGAGACUUUCUUCUGAAGCCGGAGCUUCUUCGGGCUAUCGUGGACUCAGGAUUUGAGCAUCCUUCUGAAGUGCAACAUGAGUGCAUACCUCAAGCAAUCCUUGGAAUGGAUGUAAUUUGUCAAGCUAAAUCUGGAAUGGGAAAAACUGCUGUCUUUGUUCUCUCAACUUUGCAGCAGAUUGAUCCUGUUGCAGGCCAAGUUUCUGCUCUUGUUCUGUGUCAUACAAGGGAAUUAGCAUACCAGAUAUGCCAUGAGUUUGAGAGGUUCAGCACCUACUUAUCUGAUCUCAAGGUUGCUGUUUUUUAUGGUGGCGUCAACAUUAAAGUUCACAAGGAUCUGUUGAGAAAUGAAUGCCCACAUAUUGUUGUUGGCACACCUGGAAGAAUACUAGCAUUAGCUAGGGAUAAGGACCUUUCUUUGAAGAAUGUUAGGCAUUUCAUUUUAGAUGAAUGUGAUAAGAUGCUGGAAUCACUGGACAUGAGGAAAGAUGUGCAAGACAUUUUCAAGAUGACUCCUCACGACAAGCAAGUUAUGAUGUUUUCUGCAACACUCAGCAAAGAAAUUCGCCCAGUCUGCAAGAAAUUUAUGCAAGAUCCAAUGGAAAUUUAUGUUGAUGACGAAGCGAAGUUGACCCUUCACGGUCUUGUGCAGCACUACAUCAAAUUGAAAGAGGAGGAGAAGAACAGGAAGUUGAAUGAUCUUCUUGAUGCACUGGACUUCAAUCAAGUUGUUAUCUUUGUGAAAAGUGUUAGUAGAGCAGCUGAGCUGGACAAACUACUAGUGGAGUGCAACUUUCCAUCUAUUUGCAUUCAUUCUGGAAUGUCCCAGGAAGAAAGGUUAAAGCGAUACAAAAGUUUUAAGGAGGGGCAUACAAGGAUUCUUGUUGCAACCGAUUUGGUUGGUAGGGGAAUUGACAUUGAGCGUGUGAAUAUAGUUAUAAACUAUGACAUGCCUGAUUCUGCAGACACAUACUUGCACAGGGUUGGCCGAGCUGGAAGGUUUGGUACCAAAGGCCUUGCAAUUACGUUUGUUUCAUGCUCUACUGAUGUUGAUGUUCUCAACAAUGUUCAGUCCAGGUUUGAGGUGGAUAUAAAGCAACUUCCUGAGCAGAUUGAUACCUCUACCUACAUGCCAUCAUAGUGAGGCUUAGGUAUAUUUCAUGGAUGGUAUGAGCUCUUGCAGAUUAUAUGUAUCUCUCAGUUCAGAGUGGCUAUUUGAACAGAUGAUUCUCCGUGUCAUUGUCGAGUCCGUUAGUUUUAUAACUGUUGACGCCAUUUUAAGCUUAGGAUUUUGUGGUAUGGCGGCUUCUGAAUUUAUGAAUUUAAUGUAUUCUGUAUUAUUUAGAUUUUUUAUCCUUUGAACUUCAUGUUGUUUUUGGUGAACUUAUUUUUCAAUUAAUUUAUUAGAUUGCGAAGUUAAU